UGAUCAUGACACUGUCUACGAUUGGUACAUUUAGUUGAACUAUUUCAAAUUAGUUAAAAAGAAAACAAAAAAGUGUGGUAAAAUUCUUGUAGAUUGCAUGAAAAAUUAAACACUAAAAAAAGCUAAAUUUACGUGCUGGUAUUUGUUCAGUGUUAUUCUCCUAAUGUUCCAUUUUCCCUAUUGUAAUUAUUGUAGGACCCUGUUUGCACUUCCUUUGCGUUUUUAUUCGACUCGUAAAAAUUCUAACCUAGAACAAAUUUUAAUAUCCAUGCCUAAAGAUCCCAAGCAUAUUUCAGAAGCCCAAAAACAGCGAAAGAAAAUCAAAGAAAAGCUUGCUAAAUAUGUUCCUGGUAGAGUUACAUUGCAAGUGCUUGGCACGGGUGCUCCUGGUGCACCAAGAAGCUUGUAUGUUUUCUCGGAUCAGUCCAGAUAUUUGUUCAAUUGUGGGGAAGGCACUCAAAGACUAGCCCACGAACAUAAAAUGAAAUUGUCUAAAUUAGAACAUAUUUUUGUAACUCAGCCACUUUGGCGAAAUAUUGGGGGAUUACCAGGCGUAGCAUUAACUAUACAAGAUGUAGGUGUCCCACAGAUUACGUUACAUGGUCCACAAGGACUGGAAGAAAUUUUCACAGCUACACGCCGAUUUGUCAUCAUCAGGGAUUUACAAAUAGAUGUUGCAGAUACUAACGGAACAAACAUUUUUGAAGAUAGUGUGAUGGCUGUCCAGUAUGUGCCACUGUUGAGAUAUAUUGAAGAUGACAUGCAGGAUGGUGUAAGUGACCUUCCAACUAUAGGGGAAAGUAUUGAGGAAAAUUCAGAUAAUCAUAAGAGUGUUCAAAUGGGAUCACAUGAAAUGAGUGAAGCGAGUACAUCGACAAGAAGUAGAAGAAGUAGACGAAGAAGUAGGUCUAGACAAAGAUCACCUCGUCAUAAUUCUGCUCAAGACUUCGAGGAUGACGAUACUGAUUAUUAUGCACACGAACGUAAGAGACAUAGAAGUAGGGAUAGGAGACGUUCCCGGUCCAGAUCCUCGUCAGCAAAUAGACCUGCAUCGCCAAUCAAGAAAUUAAGCGACAUUUCGCGAAAGUUACAAGAAACUAAAGAAGAAGGCAUUUCUAUGGCUUAUAUUUGUCGAUUGAAACCUCGACCUGGUGCUUUGUGUUUGGAAAAGUGCGUACAAUAUGGUGUUCCUGCAGGUCCAUUAUUAGGAAAGCUUAAAUCAGGAAACGAUGUUCUGCUUGAGGACGGUACUUUAGUCAGAUCUGUUGACGUUUGUGAACCAAACGAUCCUGGUCCUAUCUUUAUAGUUAUAGAUUGUCCAUCAGAAGAUUAUAUAGAUUCCUUACUUAAUAACGAUCGAUUUAGAAAACAUCAGGCUCAAGCAACCUGUGAUGAAGAUGUUGCUUAUUUGGUGGUUCAUUUUACGCCUAAAAAUGUAAUGGAAAAUCCUAGAUAUCAAUAUUGGAUGGAACAAUUUACGCCCAGUACGUUCCAUUUAGCCAUGAACGAUUUAAAUACAUGUAUGGGCAGUAUUUCAGUGCAUCGUAUUCAGUACAAACUUAACUUACUGUCCAAUAGAAUAUUUCCGUUGUUAGGUGACAGGGGCACAGAAUGCAUUCAGGAAGAAAACAUUUCUGAAGGAAAUUCUUCAAUUAAGAGAAUGAAAGUGGAAAACGGCGUAAAUAGUGUAAACAAUGAAGGAAAAACUCCUCCACUUAUUACUGCUGAUUCUUUGGAAAAGUUAUCUGUAAAGUCAGUACCUCCUUCACCAACUCCUUCGUCCGUAAUAAGCCCUUUUACAUUUUUUAAUAUGCACUUGAGACCUAGGAAAGGUAUUGAUAGAUCUGGUGAAAUAAAGUUAACACCUGAGCAAUAUAUAGAGGAAUGUAUGGCAGCUGAUGGCUUUUCUGAAGCUUUAAAUGAAUUACAGAAUAAACUUCUUAAAGAGUACAAAAACAUUACCAUAGCACCAUAUCCGAAAAUUAUAUUUCUUGGUACUGGUUCUUGCAUUCCUAAUAAGACUAGAAAUACUAGUGGAAUCUUAUUGCAAAUAAACGAGUAUUUGAAUGUACUUUUGGAUUGCGGUGAAGGCACAUACGGGCAGAUUGUAAGGUUUUUUGGAAAAGAGAAAGCAGACGUCAUUGUAGCGAAUACGCGGGCGGUGUACAUAUCACAUCUGCACGCGGAUCACCACAUCGGUCUUAUAGGUUUUCUUCAAGGACGUAAAAGGGCUCUUUGUAAUAUCAAAACAGAUGAAAAUCCGAUAUUUUUAUUAGCACCUCGUCAAAUAAUUCCCUGGUUGACGUUUUAUGACAAAUGUUUCGAAAACAUCAACACUGACUAUGAGAUAGUGCCUAAUAACGAAUUGUUGUUUGAAGAUCACCGAUUAUCUCCCAGUAUAGAAAAUCGUCUUCUGAGCACAUUGAAUAUGUCGACGAUAACCACGUGCUUCGUUCGACAUUGUCCUAACGCGUUUGGGGUCUCAUUCCAACUCUCCAGCGGCAAGAAGAUAACAUAUUCUGGAGAUACUAUGCCAAGCAACAAUUUAAUAAAAAUUGGAAUGAAUUCAGACUUGUUGAUACAUGAAGCGACGAUGGAAGACGAAUUGGCCGAAGAGGCUGUUUUUAAGAUGCAUUCUACAACAUCCCAAGCUAUCUCAAUAGGAGAAGAAAUGCAAGCCAAAUUCAUAAUGUUAACUCAUUUCAGUCAGAGAUACGCAAAAUUGCCAAGAUUUAAUGAAAAUAUUACAAGUAAUGUUGGAAUUGCUUUCGAUAAUAUGCAGGUUUGUCUCGAUGAACUUCCCCUUUUACAUCAUUUUUAUCCUAUACUAAGGAUGAUGUUCGCAGAACAUUGCGAAGAAUUGGAAAAUAAGGCUGUGAAAAGACAAUUAAGAAUGGAAAGGAAGAGAGAUGCAUCCAGGAAUCGAUCUAAUUCGCCUGAAAAAGUUCGCGAACUUUCGCCACAACAGACUACCAGUAAAAAUGCCUAAUAUAUAUUUGUUAUAACUGACGUUUUUCAAUAAAAUAUUUAUUUAU